ACUGCAGAGAACAUUUAACAAUAAGGAUCUUCAAACAAGUGAACAAUGCUCAGACUAGAGACCAUCAUUUGCACUUUUUCCAUGCUGUCUUUUGCAGCAAGAGCAGAUUUUAAAGCACGGAACUGCAGCGAGGUGAGGGAAGCUUGCAUCGGGAAAGGCUUCAGCUUCACACAUGUUCCUGCUCAAGAGAUCCCAGGUGAACAUCUUCGUGUAUGUCCACAGGGAAACACGUGUUGCACCCAAGAAAUGGAGGAUGGAUUUGGCCAACAGAGUAAACAGGACUUUGGGGAUCUGGUUGAUACAAUGAGUCAUGAAUUAAGAAGCACCUUUGUUUCCAGACAUAAAAGAUUUGAUGAAUUCUUCUUGGAGCUGCUGGAGAACACGGAGAGGUCCCUGCACGAGAUGUUUGUGAGGACGUAUGGCAAACCUUACAUGCAGAACUCUGAGGUCUUUGCGAACUUGUUUGCUGAGCUGAAACGCUAUUACACGGGAGGAAAUGUCAACCUGGAGGAAAUGCUUAAUGACUUUUGGUCACGACUGCUGGAGCGUAUGUUCACGCUACUCAACUCCCAGUACGUCAUCACAGAGGAGUAUCUGGAAUGUAUCAGUAAGUACACUGACCAGCUCAAGCCCUUCGGAGAUGUGCCCAGGAAGCUCAAGGCUCAGGUUACCCGGGCAUUCAUCGCCGCACGCACAUUUGUUCAAGGGCUCUCUGUCGGCCGGGAGGUGGCUCAGCGAGUGUCUAAGGUAAGCAGCAGUCCACCAUGUAUCCGAGCACUGACAAAGAUGCUGUACUGCCCGUUUUGUCAAGGCAUGCCAACAGUUAAACCCUGUAAGAACUACUGCCUGAAUGUGAUGAAGGGGUGCCUGGCCAAUCAAGCUGAUCUGGAUCCAGAGUGGAACCAGUACAUUGAUGCCAUGCUGCUCGUGGCACAGAGGCUGGAGGGACCUUUCAACAUUGAAUCUGUCAUGGAGCCUAUUGAUGUCAAGAUUUCAGAGGCCAUCAUGAAUAUGCAAGAUAACAGUGCCCAGGUCUCCUACAGGGUUUUUCAAGGUUGUGGCCAGCCAAAAUCCUCAGGAAUGACUAGGUCUACCCGUGGUGUUUCGGAUGUGUUCAGCGCCCGCUUCAGGCCGUACGGCCCAGAGGAGCGGCCUACCACUGCAGCUGGCACAAGCCUAGACAGACUGAGGAUCAUUUGGAAUGCGAUGCAACACAGUGUGGUUGACAUAAAAGGAAAACUGAAACUGUUCAAGAAAUUUUGGUCUGGCCUGCCUGAGGUGAUGUGCAUCGAGGACAGAGUGACCGCUGGAAAUGCCAGUGAUGAGGAGUGCUGGAAUGGACACACCAAGGGCAGGUAUUUCCCUGAAGUCCAAAAGGAUGGACUGACCAACCAGGUGAAUAACCCUGAGGUGGGUGUGGACAUCACCCGCCCAGACACCUUAAUCCGUCAGCAGAUCAUGGCUCUGAGGGUGAUGACCACCAAGUUGAAAAAUGCCUAUAAUGGCAAUGACAUCUACUUUCAGGACUCAAGCGAUGAAGGCAGUGGCUCGGGCAGUGGCAGCGGCUACACAGAGGUCUACCCCACAGACAUGGACGCUGCUGCCAGUGAAGCCCCAGUAGUGGAAGCCGACCGGAGCGGCCCUGUGCAUGGCUCUGCCCUGCUCUGUGCACCCUCUGUAGCCCUGCCAACCAUGCUGGCCCUCUCAACCCUGGCACUCUACCGACAAUGGAGAUAAUGCUGGAGGAGCCGGCUAAACAUGGACAGCAGGGUUAAUUUUUUUUUUUUCCUUUUGCAGUUUUUUGUAUUCAGGCAGAUUGGAGCUACAGUCGAGCAAACAGUAUUGAGGCUGACAGCCUCGAGACUAGAGAAGUCUGCUCUGAAAAAAAGAGCAGUCAUGCAUCAUGAUUUCCCACUUUCCCAAAGAUCAUGCAGUGCCAUCCGUAGACUUGAUCGUUUGUGGCAUCACUUCACCAUCUAACACAGAUGCCAACAAACUCUGCUUCAGAGAUUGAAAAGAAAAAGUAUUUCUUGCACAUAUUGCAGGUAUUAAUGUAGGUCUCCGUGUGGAAAAAUAUAACACGCACUUUGAUUGUUUUAAGGGUUUUUUUAAAGCAAAAUUUGUUUGUGUGUUGAACAAUGUUGAGAAUGUGGUUAUUGAUUCAUCUAAAAGAGACACAAUAUGUUUACUCUAUGUUGAAUAUUAUAUUUUAAAACAAAUACAAAGGAUAAUGAUCUAAUUCAGAAAAAAUCAGGAACAUGAUGUUUCCACCUUUUAAUUAAUUGAAGUUUUAAUUUGUUCCUUGUUCCAUUGUCAUUAAAUCACAUGCCAACAUUUUUUAAAAUUAGAUGCAGCCACUGAAUCUCAUCUUUUGUUUUACAGUAAAGUCAACACGAUGUUUGGUAUGAUUUUAGGUUUCAGUAUAUCAUGGGUUGAUCAUGGAUCUGCUGUGCUCCUAGCUGUUCACUCAAAUGGCUGAACAGCCUCCUUGUGCUCAUGUGUUAAACUCACACUUUGUUAAAAGCGAUAAGACCGACAUUUUUAUAUACUCAUUUGCCUCGCAACAAAUUAAUUAUCUGCGAAAUAUUUUCAUAUCAUGCUGGUUUUAUAGAUUUGGCUAUGGGAGUAGACAACUUGGACAGAAUUAUUACGGAGCAGUUACCGUCAUACAGCAGUGCCAAGAUAGUCAUGUUGGUUCUGUGUUGUUGUGGGGUGCACGGCCUGGUGUGCAAUCAAUUCAUUCAUGUUUGAGAGGGCUUAACAAAUUCUAAUAUAUCACUAAUAUACAGUAUAAAGAAUGACUUACAUUAU